AUGGAUAGAGAGAAGUUCCAGCAGAAGGCUGUGAAGCAAACUAAGCAGAAGAAAUCCAAGUCGGCUGAAUUUCUGAUGGUUAAAGAAGAUAGAGAAGCUAUGGAAGGCACUGGAAAUCCAGCUUUUAACAUGAGCAGCCCAGAUCUCUCGGCGUAUCAGACUUCGGAAAAGAAUGUUAUUAGAUGUGACAGCCCAGCUCGCACCCUUGCAGCUCACCCACAAGAAUUCAGGCUGCUGGCCUCUGCCGAACCAAAAGGAAAUGAAUACAGCAGAAAUUACUUUGACCCACUGAUGGAUGAGGAAAUAAACCCAAGGCAGUGUGGGAUGGAGGUCAGCAGAGAGGAUGGGAGCAUCAGGGAGGAGACUUUGGAUUCUGAAGCACUCAAGAGUUCCAAGAGUCGGGAAAUCUACAGAGAAGCUAAUGAAGCCACCCCUUCUUACAUUGAAGAGUUUGAAAAAUACGCUCAAAAAGAUGUAAUUCUACUUGGGAGUUCACCAUUGCAACAGGUCAGCAUUACAAUUGUAUCAAAAACUGUCACAGAUGGAAAUGUUAUUUCCAACUUCAGAAAUGGGAAGAAUCUUAGUUGGGGAAAAUCACCUGUUCGACCUGAAUGGAACAGAGAACAAAAUGAUGAGGAGUCUUUGGAACUUCAGAAGGAUUUGAAAUUUGAAGGGGAAGGACUUAUUUCUACGUCACAGUUAAAGACUGAUGGAACUUUUGGAAACUCCAACCAAAUUAAGGAAAAUCAUUUGUAUCACAGGAAACUAAAUCAACAGCGAGACCCUGAAAGGCUGUUCUGGAGAGGAACUCCAGGUGAACCAUACAUUACAAGUCUGAAUGUUUGUAAAAAGGACAGAGUCCCCAAGCUUGGUGCCCUUACAGUUGUAACUGAUGAUUCGAAGGGAACAACAGGACCCUGCUGGAAGGUUGAGCAGUCUCAGCCGCCACAGCCUCUACAAAUACGGAUCAAAUGCAUCAGGGGCCUCAAGGACAAGGUUCCCCACGGCUUUUACCGCCUUAGAGCAUCCUUGCUUGGUCGACCAGGGGGCUGUGUCUUGCCUUGGUGGCAAACAGAGCAGCUGAAGACGAGAACACAUCCAGUAAGGCAUGGUGGGAACUUCUAUGAUGUGGGGCUGUAUUUCCAUGAAAGCCUUUACGUGGCACUCCCUCAACAGAAAGCUGUGAAACCUGGCCUGGCUUUGUUAUUUGAGCUCUUCCUCCUUCGUGGGACAUGCGCUGGCCCUGACCAUGUUGUGGGUUGGGCAGUCUUCCCUUUGUGUGACAACAACUUUGACGUAGUGGAGGGAAAAUUCAAGUGUCCCCUUCUCCGAGGACAUUACGACCAGAAUGUUGGCAGCUUCAGGAAAAUUGAAGAUUUGAUUUGCCUGGAUUUGGACAACUGGCUGGGCAAUUUAUAUUUUCAGGUAAUUAAACUUCCUUUGCAUUUGGAUGAUCAAAACCACUUUGAAAGCAAUACUCAACUUUCUCCUGAAUUUCCGGUUUCUUUAAUGACUGAAGCAGAGAAAGCAGAAAUAGGUAUGGACAAUCCAGCUGGCUUUUCUGAAAAAGAAAGGAAAAACAUUUGGGCAUCAACGAAUGAUGAAAUUGAAUCCACCUUGGAGUCUUCACCAGGGCAGCCCCUGACCCCUCAGAGAGAUCCUGACACCCAUAAGGGAAGUGUUCCCACUGCUGUAAAGGAAGUGGGGAAGCAGUUUAACGCUCUGAAAGAAUGGAGGAGGGUGUGUCGAAAAGAUCUGGGGGGGGCAGAGAGAGAUGGGCUUAAAACGUUUCCAGCAGGGAGCAUUUCUGAUAAAAUUGGUCCCUGCCCUAAGGACUGUGAUCUCAGUGUCUUAAAAGAAGACCACGGAUUACACUCUAAGGAUAUAGGCACUCUGGUGUGGGACAUGGAAGUUGAAACUGGUAUCUUAACCACUAGGUUAAAUGCCUACCCCAGAUGCUUUUAUGUGUCCUCUUUGAGAAACGAAAGAAAGGAUAUGUUCAGAACAAGCCGCAAGCGUGGUCCCCAGAGAGGCCAGCGAUUCCCCCAGGGGGGCAGGAGCAGAAGCCCGAGGGCAUUACCGACUGCAGACGUCUCUCCUGCAGAUCUUGAGACACAAGUGAAUUAUGUCUUAUUUCCCCCUUGGAACAGUUCAUGGAAAGUCCAUCCUGUGACAUUUUCUGGCAAACACAUCAGCCUUGAAUUAAUGACAGCAAAGAAAGGGGGAGAAAGGUUGACAGAUCAUCUUGUGCAAGAAAAAUCAGCUGUUUGGAUAACUGAACAACUCGAAGAUCGUUCACAAGAUACACCUUAUUUGGAGGAACUGGAGGAACACCGACUUUCAGUUUGCUGCUCCUCAGUUGCUGAUAGAAGGGGAUCUGGAGAAUUUGUCAAGCAUCUCCACUUUGUGCUGAUGUCAGUGUUUUCAGAACUUCGGUUAGCUCAGUGGCAAAGCCAGAGCUUCUGGUGCAUUAUCCUGCUGACGGCUUCUCUGUGGUUCCCGAGGCUCUACCUGCAUUACCUUGGCCAGUGGCUUUUCCUCCAGGCCAUUUCAGUUCCCGUUACAAAAUUCCAGCCUUCCCUUCACACCGUGGAGCUUUGCUACCCAGCCUCUUCACUUCACAGCGGAGAAGAGCUGCCCAUGGUUGUGGUGGGGACUUUACUGCUGAACGCACUCAUACUUCUUUUGGUUCUGGUCAAAUGGGGCUGUCAGCUACUGUUUGCUUCCUGUCCUGAUGUCUUGUCAAAAUUAAUCACAACCAUGGCUGUAUGGACAGUUCUAGACCCACUGGCGGUGUUUAUAGUGGAUAUAUUCCUGGGGCGAUUUACAUACAAUGAGGAGGCUCCUGUGGCUGAUGCAGCGAAGCUGUACUGGAUGUUUGUAAGAACCAAACAGCUGGGAAUUCUUGGUGUGAUGGUCACCAUGCUACUUUACAUCUUCCUGUUGAUCAUUUCUUCUCUGAUUUUAUACCUGUAUUGUCUCAGGUUGCACAAUGAUUCAUGGAUAUCAGAUGCAUUUCAGCGCAUCCACAGUGAAGAAGUCAAGUUCUUUAUGCCAUAUGAUCUGGAAAUUUCCAACCAGGAGCUAAGUUAUAUAGUGAAGCGAUCUGAGCAGUGGAGAGGAAUCAAUGGAGAGAGGAGGAAGGUGGCAGUGUGUGAUUACAUCUGGAAAAGCCCUGGCCUCCAGUCCAGUGUUGCCAGCUGUGACCUCCAGCAUCAGAAUGGGAUUUCUGUGUCUGCUCGUGGUCUAGGAGAUGUGACUUCUUAUGUGUCCAUAUACACCGUUUAUCCCAGUGGGUUCCAAGAGCUGUAUCGCCAUUUUCUCAGAUGCCCUGGUGGUGCCAUUGUUGAGGUGUUUGGUGAUAUUGGUGGCUUGAAGUUGGUCCAAAGGGAAGUGAUCACAGCUAUUCAGGACCAUAUAAGUGAAAUGGACACUGUAUUGGGAGAUGCAUUUGAUAUAAAAACAGGAGACACGCGAAGAAUGCCUUCUAAUAAACCAGCUCUUGCAGCUGGUGGUGUGGAAUAG